AUGUGUAUGACUAUUGAACGUUUUCGUGCUGGCGAAGCAAGUAAUCAGUUUUUUGAGUGUUCACCAUUCAACGAAGAUGAGAUUCGAGCGUACGGCGUUAAUGGUAACAAUGUCGGUAUUUGGAAUUUGCGGACUUGUCCAGAUGAUGAGGAUUUCGAUGAAACGCAGCAACGUUGCGUUGAACGACGAACUUACCGGCGACAACAGGCCAAUUGUAUUUUAAAUCCAACGAGUAUUGGCUGUAGACCGAACUGUCAAGGCAAAACUAUUGCUUUUUCAAAUCAGAAUCCAAUUCAAGGAGAUUUAUGCAAUUGGAGAAUGGCAAAUCUGCAAGCUGAUCCUUUUAGUGAGGCCAGUUUUUUGCAGUGCGUGCCACAGAGUCAAAACGAGCCCUGUGGCCGAUGGACUCAGAUGGCUUGCGCCCCAGGAACGACUUUUGCUUUGCCGAAUCAGAUUUGUAUAUCGCUAACAAUUAAUCAAGGUGACGCUAUUGGCUGUCCACCACAAUCAAAUCCUGUGUGUGCAUGUGCGCAGCAGCAACCAGGUGUAAAUCGUUGCCCGGGCCAAUCAAGAUGCAUGGAGAAUUUUGGAAUUUGUUGUCAGCAACAGUUGGGAAAUACGAUGCCAAUGCCGAAUUUUGGGCCACCUGUAGUUGUUUUAAAUCAAGAAUUAGGCGAGUUUCACAAUAAUUCUGUAAAUGGGAUUUUUGCAUCAUUUGCGAAGUUUCUAGAGGGCUGA